CGACGAAAGGUGUCCCCAACCCCACAGCACAGCUUCGAGAGAGAGCUCCCGCGCGCCCAGUCCACCCUCAUUUUGACAUCUCAAUUGCAUGUCAUGGCGCGGAGUGUAGCAUAUCUCACCCAAUUCCUGGGCUUACUUUCAUUAGUUUCCCUCGCCAGUGCGCAGGUCGCCGAGAUCGAGAAAGCAAGCAAUGCCAGUUUACUAUGGGGACCUUAUCGUCCCAAUUUGUAUUUUGGUGUCAGGCCCAGGAUUCCCAAGAGUCUGAUGGGAGGAUUGCUUUGGACCAGGGUUGAGGAUUAUCAAAGCGUUCAAAAUAACUUCAGACAUACUUGUGAGCAGCACGAGCUCGACGGCUAUGGAUGGGACGAGUACGAUGUUCGCACGGGCGGUCGACAGACGAUUCAGGACCCUGUCAAUCGCAUUGACAUCACCACCGAGUUCAUAAAAUUCCCCGGAGGCCAGCACGGUGGAAGCUGGGGUGUUAGGAUAAAGGGUACGCCCCGCGAAGAUGCGUCGCCUGAUCUGAAGACUACGGUUAUCUGGUACAAUACUUUGGAAGGGCUCGGUUCAUUGGAAGUCGAAGGUGCGGACGAAGAAGAGCCAGGAAUGGAGGGCGAUGUCGUUCUCAAAGGGCAUACUCCAGAUCUUGGAGACUUUGAGGUGAAGGUUACCGAGGGCCAAGGUGACCACCCACGAACCGGGCACCCAAGCUAUGACGAGAAACCGCUGGAUCGCACAUUGGUCCAUACAGCUCAAAUCCCCGAUGAGGCCUUGUGGCAGGUCAAACCUCUGCUUUUUGCGCAUAUGAAGGGGCAGAUUGAUCAGUUGGUAGCUAAGUAUCCUGAGGAUAACCCACCACCUCCUGUGCAGGUGUACACCAUUCAGCAUCUUCCCGGAAAGGGAAACAUCCAUCUCUUCCAGAAGGCUUUCGAGGGGGCUUUCGAGUUCGAUGUCCUUUUCUCGUCUGGUUCCGCUCCGGCUAAGAUCACCUCCGAGGACCUGACUACUCAGAUUGGAUCUGUGACAUCCGGUUUCUCUGAGCGCUUCACCAGUAUAUUCAAGCCCCAAGCACCUUUCUUUAAAGAACGCUACGAGGAGUUCUCCAAGUCGCUAUUCUCGAAUCUGAUUGGCGGUAUUGGUUACUUCUACGGCGAUUCGCGAGUCGACCGCUCAUACGACCCUGCUUACGAGGAGAACGAUGAGGGCUUCUGGGAGGAGGCCGCUGAGGCUCGAAGCCGAAACCAGGCACACUUUGAAGGUCCUUCCGAGCUCUACACAAGCAUCCCAUCGCGUCCCUUCUUUCCUCGCGGUUUCCUUUGGGAUGAGGGUUUCCACCUUCUUCCCGUCAUCGACUGGGAUGUUGAUCUAACACUUGAUAUUAUCAAAAGUUGGUUCAAGUUGAUGGAUGAAGAUGGCUGGAUUGGACGCGAGCAGAUACUUGGUGCUGAGGCACGAAGCAAGGUGCCUCAGGAGUUCCAGGUUCAAUAUCCACACUACGCCAAUCCUCCAACGCUCUUCAUGGUUAUCACAGCUUUCCUCGACAAACUUGAUGCUCAGGGCAAAGCAAAGGACUCAAGCAGCCAAAAGGUACUCGCCGAAAAGUCGUACUACAUGCAGCUCGCCAACCGAGAGGCAGCUUUGGAAUACCUCCGUACCCUCUAUCCGCUGCUGAAGAGACAUUAUUUCUGGUUCCGACAGACCCAAGCUGGUGAUAUCAAAUCAUACGACCGCGAGGCCUUCUCUACUAAAGAAGGCUAUAGAUGGCGCGGAAGGACACCCGAGCACAUCUUGACCUCUGGUCUCGAUGACUACCCUCGUCCUCAGCCACCUCAUCCGGGUGAGCUGCACGUCGACCUUAUCUCUUGGGUUGGCAUGAUGACACGCCAAAUUAAGCGUAUUGCCAAUUACCUUGGAGAAGAGGAUGAUUCUGCCGAGUUCGCCAAGUAUGAAGAAGCUAUUAUUCGCAACAUUGAUGAUCUUCACUGGUCCGACGAAUUGAAGAUGUACUGCGACGCCACCAUCGAUGAUUACGAGGAGAACAAACUUGUCUGCCACAAAGGCUAUAUCUCGCUCUUCCCAUUCUUGACUGGUCUGAUUGACAAGGAUAGCAAGCGACUGGGUGCUGUGCUGGAUCUCAUUGCCGACCCGGAAGAGCUCUGGACCGACUAUGGCAUUCGCAGCCUCAGCAAGAGUGACGAAUUUUACCACACCGCUGAGGAUUACUGGCGUGGACCUAUCUGGAUGAACAUGAACUACCUGGCCGUUUCUCAGCUACUUAACAUCGCCCAACAGAAAGGCCCCCAGCAGGCUAAGGCCAAGAAAUUGUACAUCAACCUCCGCAAGAACCUCGUCAAGACUGUGUACGAGAGCUGGAAAGAGACAGGCUUCGCUUGGGAGCAGUAUAACCCGGAGACAGGCAAAGGACAGAGGACGCAGCAUUUCACUGGAUGGACCAGCUUGGUGGUCAAGAUCAUGAGCAUGCCUGAUUUAGAUGACGACCGCGUGAAAGACGAAUUGUAGACACAUGCAUUGAUGGAACAUUGAAGAUAGAAAAAUAUGGCGAGGGCUCAAAAUCAAAUUCUGUAGAUAUGAUUAAGACUAUUGAGAAGUCAUCGAAUAUCACACUCAAUCGUCCAACGUAAUGGAUUACU